AGGCAGUAGUGGGAGCCGGAGCUGCAGCAGAUCUCUGAGGAGGAGGAGCAGUCAAAGUUUGACUUUCCCACAGCAGGAGAAAGACUCUCUCACUCAGGAACCAAGAGGCUCUUGGAAAUUGCGAAGUUGCGAUAAAGCGGAAUAUCUCGUGCGGUCGACAUGAAGUGACACCUUCUCAGCGGGAGCUUCAGAGUAAAAGACAACACGAUGGAAAGCUGUUUAAUGAAGUGGAUCAGUCUCACCUCUGUGCUGUGCCUGGGCAGCUGCGUGCUGGCGGAAAAGAAAGUAUGCCAAGGCAUCACCAACCGUUUAAACCUUCUGGGUUCCAAAGAAGACCACUACCUGAGCUUGGUGAAGACCUACAACAACUGCGUUGUGGUCCUGGAGAAUCUGGAGAUCACAUACAUGGAGGCGCACCGUGACCUGUCCUUCCUCAGGUCAAUUGAAGAAGUGGGCGGCUACGUCCUGAUUGCCCUCAACUUAGUCUCCAGGAUUCCUCUGGAGAACCUGCGCAUCAUUCGAGGUCAUUCCCUCUAUAAGGGAAAGUUUGCCCUUAAAGUUCUCGGCAAUUAUGACAAAUCUACCAAUCAGGGCACCAAAGAGCUUCUUCUGACCAGCCUGACGGAAAUUCUUAAAGGAGGCGUAACGUUUGAGGCUAACCAGCUUUGCAACGUGGAGACGAUACAGUGGGACGAUAUCGUCAACGCUGACAACAAACCCAGCAUGGAGCUCCCGGGGGCCAGCAAAAAUCCAAAUUGUAAACCAUGUGACUCAAAGUGCUUCAAUGGUUCAUGCUGGGCAGCUGGUCCUCAAAACUGUCAAACAUUAACAAAACUGAACUGUGCACAGCAGUGCUCUCAGAGAUGCAAAGGACCUUCACCGAGCGACUGUUGUAAUGAGCAUUGUGCCGCGGGCUGCACAGGACCGCGGCCCACCGACUGUCUGGCCUGUCGGGACUUCCAGGAUGACGGGGUGUGUAAGGACUCCUGCCCGGGCCUCAUGCGCUACGACCCCAACCUUCACCAGCUGGUACCCAACCCCCACGGGAAGUACAACUAUGGGGCCACAUGUGUCAAGAGCUGCCCACAUAACUACAUUGUGACGGAUCACGGGGCCUGUGUGCGGACGUGCAGUGGGAACACAUAUGAGGUGGAUGAGGGUGGAUUCAGGAAGUGCGCCAAUUGCGAUGGACUGUGUCCAAAAGUUUGUUAUGGACUUGGAGCAGGAGACCUGAGUAACACUCUGUCCAUCAAUGCCACCAACAUCAACUCCUUUAAAAACUGCACGAAAAUCGAUGGGAACAUUGGGAUCUUCUUCACAUCGAUUCAUGGGGAUUCUUUUACCAAAACACCAAAGAUGGACCCUGCCCAGCUUGAUGUGUUUAAGACAGUUAAAGAAAUUACCGGAUCCUUGUGGAUUGAGACGUGGCCAAAGAACAUGAGCUCACUCAGUCCCUUUGAGAAUCUGGAGAUCAUUCGAGGAAGAACUAAGCCUGGUGCCCGGAGCUUGGUUAUUAUUCAGCUCGAUAUCGACCACCUUGGCCUUCGCUCCCUCAAAGAAAUAAGCGAUGGAGACGUGGUCAUCAUUAAGAACAAGAACCUGUGCUACACCAAUAAAAACCACUGGGAGGGGCUCUUCAGAUCAAAAAGCCAAAGUGCCAACGUGGGGGAUAAUGCUGACGCUGCCACAUGUGCUCUGAGGAACAACACGUGUGACAGGAAGUGUACCGCGGAGGGCUGCUGGGGUCCAGGCCCGAACAUGUGCUUCGCCUGCCGUAACUACAGACGCGAUGGGAGCUGUGUCGACUCCUGCAACAUCUUCAAGGGAGAGCAGCGGGAGGUGGUCGUGAAUAGAACCUGCAAGGCGUGUCACGCCGAAUGUCAAAGAAUGAACGGGACGGAAACCUGCAGCGCACCUGGUCCUGGAAAUUGUACGAAGUGCGCCAACUUCCAAGACGGUCUGUUCUGUGUGUCUCGCUGUCCACAAGGCGUGCCAGGGGAGGACGAAGCGCUAGUGUGGAAAUACUCCAACAAGAUGAAAGUGUGCCAGCUUUGCCACAAAAACUGCACUCGGGGGUGCGUUGGGCCUGGUCUUGAAGGCUGCCAGACUAAGAGAGCCUCUGGUCUCUCCAUGAUUGCAGCCGGUGUAGUCGGCGGGCUGCUGGCUGUUCUGAUUGCAGGCCUGUCCGUCUUUGUGCUGCUUCGCCGACGCCACAUCAAGAGGAAGAGGACACUGCGCAGGCUGCUCCAAGAGAGAGAGUUGGUUCAGCCUCUGACUCCGAGCGGAGAGGCACCGAACCAGGCGCUGCUGCGGAUCCUGAAAGAGCCUGAGUUCAAGAAAAUCAAAGUGCUGGGCUCCGGGGCAUUUGGCACAGUUUAUAAGGGCCUGUGGGUUCCGGAGGGCGAGGACGUGAAGAUCCCAGUGGCCAUCAAGGUUUUAAGAGAAGCCACAUCACCAAAAGCAAACAAAGAAAUCUUGGACGAGGCGUAUGUGAUGGCCAGUGUGGAUCAUCCCCACGUGUGUCGUCUGCUCGGCAUCUGCCUCACCUCCACGGUGCAGCUCGUCACCCAGCUGAUGCCCUUCGGCUGCCUACAGGACUACGUCGUAGAGAACAAGGACAAUAUCGGCUCCCAGCACCUGCUCAACUGGUGUGUGCAGAUAGCCAAGGGUAUGAACUACCUGGAGGAGCGCCACUUGGUGCACCGCGACUUGGCAGCCAGGAACGUUCUGGUGAAGACUCCUCAGCACGUCAAGAUCACAGACUUCGGUCUGGCUAAGCUCCUCAAUGCAGAUGAGAAGGAGUAUCACGCAGACGGUGGAAAGGUCCCGAUAAAAUGGAUGGCUCUUGAAUCUAUCCUGAACAGGUCCUACACGCACCAGAGUGAUGUAUGGAGUUUCGGCGUGACAGUUUGGGAGCUGAUGACAUUCGGGAACAAACCGUAUGAUGGGAUUCCAGCCAGUGAAAUAGCUGAACUCUUGGAGAAAGGGGAGCGACUGCCCCAACCACCAAUCUGCACCAUCGACGUCUACAUGAUCAUGGUGAAAUGUUGGAUGAUUGAUGCCGACAGCCGACCUCACUUCCGGGAACUAAUAGCUGAGUUUACGAAGAUGGCUCGGGAUCCUUCACGGUAUCUUGUCAUUCAGGGGGAUGACCGCAUGCACCUACCGAGUCCCACAGACGCUAGGUUGUACCGCAGCCUGAUCAGCGGGGAGGACAUGGACGACGCUGUGGAUGCAGACGAGUACUUGGUGCCACAACACAGCUUCUUCAGCAGUUCGAGCACUGCGCCGCUGCUCCACUCCACAAGCCUCAACAGCAGCAUUGGAACGUGCCACAGCAGAAAUGGUUUACUGAAUGGGUUACCGAGCAGGGACGGAAGCUUGGUUCUCCGGUACAUCCCCGACCCAACAGACAAACUUAUAGACGACGCCUUCCUGCCUUCUCCAGACUACAUGAACCAGAACGGAGUCUCCGAUGUGAUGAAUCCCAUCUACCAGCACCCGCGUCAACCUCGCACACUCCUCCCCACCAUCUCCUCGGACGACACAGAAACGGAGUACCUGAACUGCUUUAAAAACGGGUCCAACGGGCCCGAGUAUCUCAACGACAUCCCGCCCCGCGCCAUCCUCCCGCUUACCUCCAACGGCAAGGACCACUUCAAUCAGAAAUACCACCCCCAGAACAGCAUAGACAACCCCGACUACCAACAGGAUUUCAGCCCCUUCUUCAAGAGCCACGCCAAUGGUAACAUCCCGGCAGCGGAGAACGCAGAGUACCUGGGUCCAGACUGAUGACAUAAUGGGUACAGUCAAAAAAUACAAGACAGUUUCCUUUGUUUCCUGACCAUUAAUGUCUGGGCUGGAGAAGCACACCUGAGUGGUACCAUCAUGUAUCAUGUAUGUUUUAUCCUGUCUCUUGAAGUCAGGUGACACUGUGCAGCUUUCCAUGUUGUUUGCAUGCUGUGUAACUGUCAUAUAAAACCUGCCUCAUUCCAAAGAGCUUUUUCCUCACAAAUCAAACGAUAAGUGACUUUAUCUCGGUGAAAGCUGGAUGAGGGCCGACACAUACAUGACUCAGUUGACCUGAGUUUGUGGAGCAGAUGCGCUCCAUCCAAAUAUCAUGACCCCUCGUCAGAAAGUGAAAAUCUGUCUCAGAAGUGAAAAUGCUGCAUUUGAUCCAAAUGUGUCAGUGGAGGAUGUAAGUGCCUGAAUUUCUUUGGGAGGCAGAAGGACAGAAACUGGCAGCUCAGCCCAAAACACACCUUUAGGUACAUGUGUCACAGAAUCACAAUCAGCAAGGAGUAUUGAUUAGUUUGAACAGAAAGGGUUGACACACACACACACAGUGGAGCCUCGGUCGACACUGUGAAGCCUUUUACUGGUGGGGCCCUCGGGGGCCUGACGACACUCCUCUUGGAGGAUAAGUCAACGAGGAAGCAAGAUGUCGCAAUGUAUAGAAAUUAUUGUUAAGUAGGAAUAAUGGUGAAUGAUAUCAUUUAAACAUGUUAACCUUUCUGCUCGAAGACAGUUCUGUGUGUGUGUGUGUGUGUGUGUGUGUGUGUGUGUGUGCAUGUAUUUGAUUUUGUUGACUCUUUAGCACCUUUUCCAGCAUAAACACAGACCUUCUCGAGACCAGUAGACCUAAUGGGGACCAAAGCCUGGUCUUAAUGAGGCCAAAUGUAAUUUUUGAGGUCCUGGUUAAGUUUAGAAGUAAGAUUUGAACUGUGGUUAAGUAAAGGUUCGGGGUGAGAUAUGAAUUGACCAUGGUUAGGGUUAGCAUUAGAACACAACACUGUCAAUGAGUCCCUCAUUGAAACCAUAAUCGACUGGUUAAAAUCCCAUCAUAGAAAGAUGAAAUCAAUAAAAUAGAAAAAAUGAUUGAAUAAGAGCAAAAAGAGCAUAGACACAGGUGGGAUAGCUUCUCCAUCUUCUAUGUUAAAAUGAAGAUUUGUA